AUGGGAUAUGAAUCUGAUGAGUCUACCAGUAAACCAAAAGAAGAAAAGGCUAAAGAAGCAAAAGUACAUGAUGGUAAGGAAGAUGCUCCAAAAAUUUCUCUUGACUCUGAAAGACAACUAAAAACAAUAAAGGAUUGUUGCAGUGAUCAGCAUUGGAUGAAAGCUAUGAACGAAGAAUUGGAACAAAUUAAGAAGAACCAAACUUGGGAACUUGUUCCAAGACUAGCUGAGAAAAAUCUGAUAGGAACUAAAUGGGUAUUUUGGAACAAACUAGAUGAAGAUACUCAUGUAGUGAGAAAUAAGGAAAGACUUAAAUGCAAAGGCUAUUCACAUGUAGAAGGUAUAGAUUAUGAGGAGACUGAUGCUCCUAUAGCAAGAAUGGAAGCUAUCAGAAUGUCUCUGGCUUUUGCAGCACACAUGGAUUUCAAGAUCUAUCAAAUGGAUGUGAAGUCUGCAUUCCUAAAUGAGUAA